CUCGGCGGCAGUUUUCGCGCAUCAACGAGUACCGUACGGCGUACGUAAGUAGGAGGUAGGUCACGAGGUAUGUAGUAUACCUAUCCACGGCUCGUGAGAAUAUCAACCUGCUACUCUUGGGCCCAGGUACGACGAAGACGGGAGGGGAGGAAGCUGAACGAGAAACAUCACCCGAACAAGAACAUAUCUGACCUCAUAUCAAUACUCACUCCAUCAUGGGCGCUGCAGAGAGCAGUAACGAAGCACCAGCAGCGGCAGCAGCAGCACCACCGCCAACCACAACCACCACCACCACCGAUCCCUCAUUCCCCGGCGAACAAAGUAGACAGGACGAGGAGCACGUCCACGUCAGUCUCACCCACGCCCCCCUCGACGCCUCCGCCCAACUGUCCCUCGUCAAAAGCCCCAAAGCCGGCGCCGUCGUGCUCUUUGCCGGCUGCACCCGUGACUCCUUCUCCGACCGCCCCGUCACCCACCUCUCCUACAGCACCUACGCUCCCCUGGCCCUCAAGACCCUCUCGCGCAUCGCCUGUCACAUCAAACGGCAACAUCAUCUCACUGCCAUCUCCAUCGUCCACCGCCUCGGACAGGUCGACAUUGGGGAGGAGAGUAUCUUGAUUGCCGUGUCUGCACCGCAUCGCAAAGCGGCGUGGGAGGCCGGCGAGGCAUGUCUGGAAGAUGUGAAACGACAGGCGGAGAUUUGGAAAGAAGAGUGGUUUGCGGAUGGAGGGGUGUGGAGGAGCAACCGCGAUGGACAGGCGGGCGUACCUGUGCGAACGGGAAGCAAGUCGGAGAAGGGCAAGGGCAAGGAGAGGAAAGUCUCGAUUUCUGCUGUUUCGACUUCUGCUCCUACUGCCACGAGUGCCGCAGAUGUGCUGCCUCUGACAACCACCACUACUUCGAGGAGGAGGAAAUCGAGUGCUGCCAAAGGUUCGACGACGCGCGCGAGCAUGGGACUCAAGAAGUCUGCUACCGAACCUGCUCCCGCGAGGCCUCAGCCUAUUACGAGGACGACGACGUUUUAUGAGGGUGGGUUUGAGAUUUGAGAGCCAGACGGACAACUGUUGUGGAAAGCGUGCAAUCAUUCUUCACGUGGACUCUUUUUCUAUUCUUAUAUCCUUUGCUUUCCGGGAACAUUGGAAAGUGCACGAGGGCGGCGCGGAUGUUGUACGGGAGUUUUGCUCCCCAUUCUUUCACAAAUUGAAAUGCUAUGCAUAUGGCAUUGGCAACGAUGAUGAUAAUGCGGAUACCUUACCUACGAUUGAUGAACAGACUAUAGUCAAAUCACGACAAUGCUGGAACCAGUGUUCAGAUUCCACAGCUCGUUGACGUCUCUAGGAGAGUGAUCGACCACACUAACAACAGAGACUCAGAGAGUGAGGUACCUGACCUCUCGUUGAGGGGAGGCGUUCGGUCCGGGUUGUCUCAAUUCAAUAUUCAAGGAGCUCGAGUAUACGCAUUAUUACUGCUGCUAUAAUUUCCUCUGCGGCUCUCUCGCCAGUCACGAAUCAUCUAUUCAGACCGCCGUGGCUGAGGCACCACCACGCAGGCUACAUAGUCCUGUCUAUUAUUAUUAACAUCUUACUGCGAGCCUCACUACCGGCUCAUGACUGUCAUGCAGCCUCACUCUCCACAUGCGCACACUUUUGCCGUUUGCUGCUGUCUGAGCCCGGCAUCAGGUUGCUGGUGCUACCAUUGCGGGAGGGCGUCAUGGCUCCAAAGUCAAAGGAAAAAGAGCCAGCCCUGCUUCUAGCGAUUCGUGGAGUAGCACUUCCCGAGCCCAUGGCGGCACUGAGGUCUGUUCCAGCGCGGCUCGGUCUUCGACUGGAAAGCCGGCUGGCUCCAUCCAGUGACACGUCGUAUUUGUAGUGCGUAUCAUUCUCUCGAAUGUUCGCUCGGAAGGUACUUGCCAGAUGAAGUGCUUCGUCGUGCUCUGCUGCGACAAGUGAUGGCCGUCGAGAGGAAGGCGUACUGGGCAGCUGGGCCGGCGUGGCAAACCUGAUGCUGCUGGGCCUUGAAGCUAUAGUAGUGGUGGAUCGAGGCGUCAAGAUUGGUCUCGGGCCGGGAGCGAGUGCGGUGGGUGUCGACGGAGACGAGCGGGCCACGAACAGCUUCUCGGCAGCGAUGCGUGCACGCUUCUCGGCGAGAUGUUGCCGCCGUUGGAUGGUCCUGCGGUAUGUCCAAUCGUACAGCAAUGCGCCCGAACACAUCGAAUAGCCCAGUCCGUAGACGAGCAGGGCGAACCAGAUGCCCCACGUGCCCAGCAGCGCCUGGGGGCCACCGCACAUGAUGACCAAGGGCGAGAGGAGCAGCAUCGGAAGAAUGGUGAGUCCUGCGAGGGCGAGGCAGCAGCAGCCAAUUGCUCCGGAAAUGAUACCAUCCAUGCUGUGAGGAGGAGUGAGGAUGGAUGCGAGCGGUAUGCGUCGGUGCGGUGGGAGAGAAUGCCCGAUACUACUGUAUGUCCUGGGGAUGUCGCCAGCAGUGGAUUGCUGCUCGACUAUGGGGAGGUCACAUCACAUGCUGGAAAGGAAUGAAUGGAAGUCAAGUAGGAGGUACGCUGUCGGUACUGGUUGAUCCUUCUGGGCCUGUUGAGGGAUG